AUGUCGGUGCCUCUAUUCAUCUUUGCCGCCACUUUUUUCCGUUUCAUCGGCGAUCACGUAUAUGGACAUCAAGAUAAGCUCCUCAACGAGGCCCUCGAAUUUGGAACAAAGAGCCAAGAAUCACAGUCAAUUGAUAGCAGGAAAGUCAAUCAAGCAUCAACAACAGAUUCUACUACGAUUCCGCCAAUACAUGGAAAGGAGCUUCUGAAAUUUCUCCACGACGCCGAAUAUUUCACCCAUGCCUAUACAAGUGCGAUUGAUACAUGUCCACUACAAAUCUACUGA